GAGGCCAGAGAUUGAGAGAUAGAUUCGGUUCCAACACGCCACCGUCCCUCCCUGAGACCCCCUUCUGCGCUGGCAGCGGGGCGCCCAGGCUCCAGCGAGCUCUGGUUUCUGUUCCCCUCGGGGUAGAACUCCGCGCUGCAGGGACUGCAGCGGCCAGAGGGGCGUAGCAAAGAGCCGAUAACGUCUAGGGAGGGAAGCGGAGAGCGCCGGUUCGAAAGAGGAGCCCAGGAAAUCGCCAGCUGUCAGCGCUGGUGCAGAGACCAAGCGCUAGAAGGCCAGGGUGUUGCUGACUUGCAUCGGCGGGAAUGGCCAGCGGCUUUGCACGCGGCCCGGUCCGGAGAGCAUUCGAGUGCAAGGGGGCGGAGGCUCGUGUGCUCCGGCCGCCGGGCCGGGGCGGGCCGGUCGGCGGGGCAUUUAAACCCAGCUGACAGCCGGUGUGACACACGCAACAGGCCUGCGCCGUCCUCCGUCGACUCAUCUUGGGGUACCGGCCGAGCAAGAUGCGGUCCUCCUUGGCUCCGGGAAUCUGGGUCCUCCGCGCCUUCUCCAGGGACAGCUGGUACCGUGGCUUCAUCCUGCUGCUCACCUUCCUCAUUUACACCUGUUACCACAUGUCCAGGAAGCCAAUCAGCAUUGUCAAGAGCCGCCUGCACCAGAACUGCUCAGCGCUGGAACCUAUCAACUACACCGUCAAUGCCAGUGACGACUCGUGGUGCAGCUGGGCUCCGUUCGACCAGGACAACUACUCGGAGUUGCUGGGGGCUGUGGACAAUGCCUUCCUCGUGGCCUAUGCCAUCGGCAUGUUCAUCAGUGGAAUUUUUGGGGAGCGGCUCCCGCUUCGUUAUUACCUGUCUGCUGGAAUGCUGCUCAGUGGCCUUUUCACUUCACUCUUUGGCCUGGGGUACUUCUGGAACAUCCACAUGCUCUGGUACUUUGUGGUCAUCCAGAUCUGCAAUGGACUGGUCCAGACCACAGGCUGGCCCUCUGUGGUGACCUGCGUUGGCAACUGGUUCGGGAAGGGGAAGCGGGGGCUCAUCAUGGGUGUCUGGAACUCCCACACCUCUGUGGGCAACAUCCUCGGCUCCCUGAUUGCCGGCAUCUGGGUGAACAAUCACUGGGGGCUGUCGUUUGUGGUGCCAGGCAUCAUCACCGCAGCCGUGGGGGUCCUCACCUUCCUCUUCCUCAUUGAGUAUCCAGAGGAUGUGGACUGCAGCCCUCCUCAGCACCAUGUGAGUGGCGGGCCGGAUGAGGACCAGGACAACCCUGAGGACCCUGCAAAUGGUCCUUAUGGACACCGGGAGAACAACCUGGAGACGGGGGCCAGCUGCUCCAAGGAGCCUUGCGAGGAACCUGCCGCCAUCAGUUUCCUGGGGGCGCUGCGGAUCCCGGGCGUGAUUGAGUUCUCCCUGUGCCUGCUCUUUGCCAAGCUGGUCAGCUACACCUUCCUCUACUGGCUGCCCCUCUACAUCUUCAAUGUGGCCCACUUCAGUGCCAAGGAGGCGGGGGACCUAUCUACACUCUUCGAUGUUGGUGGCAUCAUAGGUGGUAUCUUGGCAGGAAUCAUCUCUGACUACACCAAUGGCAGGGCCACCACCUGCUGCAUCAUGCUGCUCUUGGCUGCCCCCAUGAUGUUCUUAUACAACUACAUCGGCCAGAAUGGGAUCACCAGCUCCAUAGUGAUGCUGAUCAUCUGUGGGGCCCUGGUCAACGGCCCUUACUCCCUUAUCACCACUGCUGUCUCUGCUGACCUGGGUACUCACAAGAGCCUGAAGGGCAAUGCCAAGGCCCUUUCCACUGUCACAGCCAUCAUUGAUGGCACCGGCUCUGUAGGUGCGGCUCUGGGACCUCUGCUGGCUGGGCUCAUAUCACCCACAGGCUGGAAUAAUGUCUUCUACAUGCUCAUCUCUGCCGACGUCCUUGCCUGUUUGCUUCUCUGCCGGUUGGUGUACAAAGAAAUCCGGGUUUGGAAGGCAAUGCUGAGCAGGGCCAGAGGGUAUAAAGAAAUAUGAGGCCCUGAUCAAAAGAGAAGCAAGGAGGGUCCCUGCUGGGUCCUCAAAGGGAAAGACAAUUGGAACAUCCAUGAAUCGGUUUGGCAAAGCCUCUUGAUCCAACACCAGCUCAGCUCAGCCCAGCCCAGCCCAGCUAAACCCAAGUUCAGCUCUUAGGACUGCUAACAGUUCAAGCUCUUAGGACCGCUAAGAGAAUAAGUGACUCUGUGGGAAGGGGACUGUCAAGCAUGAGCAAAUGGGGGAUCCAAGGGCCUGAGUUUUGGAAGCUGUGUGCAGAAGGAUGCAGCCCUGGGCUGAGGGCUGUGUCCUUGAGAGCUGCCUCCACGCUGACAAGCAAAGGUGAUGCACCAAAUGUUGCUCGUUCAGUUGCCAAGACAAAAGGCAAAGCUCUGCUCAGCGAGGUCAAAGUCUGUCUCCCCCAGGCUCAAAUCUAAGCUAACCAAUCUGGUGGGCAUCUCAUCCCAUUUCAAAGAUGCCCGCCUCUCUUUACCCCUCCAUCCAUGGACCAGGUUUCUCUCUCCGUCCCAAAGUGGGAUCUUUUUCUUCCAUCCCCCAUUUCAUCCUGUUGAUGGCUUCAUUGUACACCUUGAGGAAAGCGUUGUUGCAAUUCUGUCAGGACCCAAGCUGCAAAGAGCGGCCUCGGGUACCAGACACGAGCAAGUUCACUGUUGAACUGGUGCAGCUCUGAUUCCUGCCUCAUGCUGGUCCCAGGCUGGCUGUCACAGUGGAGAAUGACUUCUGCGCCAGCAUUGAUGGAGGAGGGGGCAGAGGGACAAGACUAAACAAUGUGUGUACUGAGAAUUUUCAGAAUGAAAUGUUGAUGAUUA